AGCCAUUUUGUUGGCUCGCUUUGAGAACCAUUGUUUUCCUUUGACGUGGCCCAUUUCUCCCAUGGCGCAAGCGAUUGUGGUGGGUGGCGGCUUGGCUGGGGUGUCCGCAGCCAACACUGUCCUGGAGUGUGGCGGCAAAGUGGUCCUGGUGGAUAAGAGCGCCUUCUGUGGAGGCAACAGCACCAAGGCCACCAGUGGCAUCAACGGAGCAGAGACCCAGACCCAGAAGGCCAAGAAGGUGGAGGACUCCGUCCAGCUCUUCACCUCCGACACCCUGAAGGGUGGCGCCAAGAAGCCGGAGCUGGUGAAAGUGCUCUGUGGCAACAGUGGACCUGAUGUGGACUGGCUGGUGGACAAGUUCGACCUGGACAUGUCCCUCUUGGCCCGCCUUGGUGGACAUUCCGCUCCCCGCACGCACCGCGGCAAGGAGCGUUUCCCCGGAAUGACCAUCACCUACGCCCUGAUCCAAAUGGUGGAGAAGAUUUCCGAGCGCAGCGACCUGGCCCGCAUCAUCAACAAGGCCAAGGUCAAGCAGCUGGUGACCAAGGCCGGCGCCGUGUGCGGAGUGAUCUACGAGAAGAAGGGCAAGGACUUUACCGAAGAGGGCCCGGUGAUUUUGGCCACCGGUGGCUUUGGCGCCGAUUUCACAGAUGAUUCCUUGUUGGCCAAGUACCGCCCGGACCUGUUGCACUUGCCCACCACCAACGGUGACCAUACCACCGGCGAUGGCAUCAAGAUGGGUGAGGCCAUUGGAGCCCGCAGCAUCGACCUGGAAUGGGUGCAGGUCCACCCCACCGGCCUGGUGGAGCCCGAUGACCCCGAGGCCAAGAUUAAGUUCCUGGCUGCAGAGGCCCUCCGCGGUGUCGGCGGCCUGGUGAUCAACGCGGAUGGCCAGCGCUUCUGCAACGAGUUGGGACGCCGCGACUAUGUCACUGGGGAAAUGUGGAAGUCGAAACCUCCUUUCCGACUGAUCUUGAACAAGGCUGCGAGUGACGAAAUCAUCUGGCACUGCAAGCAUUACACGGGCCGUGGUGUCAUGAAGUUCUACGAGUCUGGCGAGGCGCUGUGCAAGGACAUGAACAUCCCGCUGAGCACUCUGGAGGCCACCCAUCAGACCCACUUUGAGUCUGCCAAGAAGCAGGAGAAGGAUCCUGAGGGCGGUCCAUUCCCGGCCUACCCAUCCGGUAAGACCUGGGAUGAGCCCAGCGGAAAGACCGGUUCCGGAAAGAAAUUCUUCCACAACAUCAUCGAUGGAUCCAAGGUGAAGACCGAGCCUUUCUACUCAGCCAUCAUCACUCCUGUCAUCCACUACUGCAUGGGUGGCUUGGAGAUUGAUGAGGAUUCCGCGGUUGUCAGCCAGUCUGGCAAAGCCAUUCCGGGGCUCUACGCCGCGGGUGAAGUGGCCGGUGGGGUGCAUGGCAACAACCGUUUGGGUGGCAACUCCCUGUUGGACUGCGUGGUCUUUGGCCGUGUGGCCGGAAAGCACUGCGCCAAGUACAUGCUGGGUGACAAGUUCAAGAACAUGGAUCUCAAGGAGCUGUCCGGUGGAGGUUUGGCAGCUGACAAGGCUCCAGCCGCCAAGCUGUGAGAAGCUUUUGAGCUGUGAGAAGCAACGAGGGAGAGUGGCAACUUUUAAAUGACCUCUCUCCUUCAGACCAAGAUUUUCGCCUUGAGCCCGUGGCAAAAAUGAAGGCUGAAAAUCUGCAUGGAAAGCGCUGCAGAAGUCAAUGACAUCAC